UGGCGUUCGAAAUAUGAGUGAAAAUGUGUGUGGUGUGUGAUCCACGAUUGAUGACCAAAAAGCCGGAUAGGCCUACUGCAAUUUAAUCAAUCUUAAAUGUAAAUCUCUGAUAAAAAGAAGACUUUCCAGAAGAAUAUGCAGUAAGAAAUUAAAUUUGGUGCCAGUAGAAAAGGAAGAGACAAACAUGGGAGGAAAACAAAAGCAACGUACAAAAGGCAACACACGUCCAUCUAGUAGUGGCCGAGCAGCAGAGUUAUUAGAACGGUCCAGUCAAGGGAUGGGUUUCAUUGGGUUUGGUAGUAUGUCAGGUGAUCUGGGCUAUGUCCCCACAGCUGCAGGUGCUGAUGAUUUUGAUUCAUGCCUAGACUCAGACAUCAGACUUGUCCUACGAAAACUAACCAAACGAGAUGCCAUUACUAAACUAAAGGCCAUGCAGGAACUUGCAUCUCUAUGCAAGGAGAAGGAUGAAGAAUCAGUUAGUUGUAUCCUAGCCCAUUGGCCUAGAUUAUAUGGCAAACUUGCACUGGAUUUUGAUAGGAGAGUGCGUGAAGCUACUCAGUAUGCCUUUGAGCAGAUUUGUCUGAAAGUGGGUCGUAAACUUGCACCCCACCUACGCCCCUUGAUGGGUACUUGGAUUGUAUCGCAAUGCGACACAUAUGCACCAGCAUCAUCAGCAGCUAGAUCAGCUUUUCAGAAAGCUUUUUCACCAGCAAAACAGAAAGAAGCCAUGGCCUACUGUAAAACAGAAGUUAUGGAGCAUCUCCAAGAUAACCUGUUCAACCAGACACCAACUACACUCAGUGAUUCCAAAUCAACCCCAGUGGAAGAAAUGGAUGAAAAAUACACAAGGAACCUAACAUCAUCUCUUUUGGCAUUGAAGGAACUUCUGUCAAUCUUAACUCCAGAAGAAUCAGCCAAGAUAUAUGAGAAUUUCGAGAACAUUCUGAUGAACAACAAGUUCUGGAAGUUUGUCAAGCAUCCUAAACCAGUGAUUCGUAGUGCAUUUUAUACAGUUGUUGGAGCUUAUUGUGAACACAUACCUGACAUUCUUGGAAUUUACUUGAUGAGAACUAGUGUGAAUGUUCUUGGUAACUUGGAUGAGUCGGACCCUACCAUUGUCUCUGAGCUCUGGCAUGCUGUCCUCCUAGUUAUCACAACCUAUCUUACAUGUUGGUCUCAUGUAAAUAUGCGGAAGGCAGUCCUGCCGAAAUUGUGGGUGUUACUAAAGACUGGAGGCAAAGGCUCGGCCACAGUUAUCUAUCCCAAUUUGCUUCCCCUAUUGAGUCAGCUGCCUGCUGCCACAUUUGGACAAGGCAUUGGCUUCUUUCAGGAGUACUUUGGGAACAUGAAAACUGGGUUGAUGCUUGAAAGUGUGCGUAGAAGUUCCUGCGAAACAUCAGCCAUCAUCCAAGCACUAAUGGAAUGUCUGCGAUACUGUCUGUUGCAGAACUUAGGUGACACGGAAAAUAAUGUUGCCAUUCAGGACUAUCUAGUUAAUGAGCAGCUCAUGCCUCUAUUGGAGUACUCAAUGACAGAAAACACCAGACUAGCUCUUACUUCCUUGUAUGCUCAAACAUCAAGUCUAAUUGAUCGUCUGCAUAAAUCUAGUGAAGAAGCGAACAUUAAUGAUUCCUGUGAACGAAUUUUAACAUUAUUCUGGGAAAAAUUUGCUGACAUCUGCCUCCAACAGAUCAAUUCAGAGGAACCAUCGUUGAAGAACCUGGAAAAUAUCUCUCGAGUUUUAUCACAGAUUCAUUCACCUGUUGAGAAGCAAUCAUCUGUAAAGAGGAAGAUACGCGUUACAUUUUCAGAUGUUGAGUCAUCGUGUCGAUUUUCAAGUGACGCAAUUAUUGGUGAUAAAUUGACAGAGAAACAAGAAACAUUUGAAACAAAAAUUGAAGAGGCAAAUCCAGUGAACGAAACUCAUGAACUUGUAGCAAAAGUUGAGGAUGAUCAAAUGAGUAAUUUAGUAGCAAAACUUUGUUUAUCAAGUUAUAAUCUAGCCAAGGAGAAGAAUUCCACACAGCACUGUUUUUUCUUUUCCAAAAUGCUCUCCGAGUUUUCCAGCACAAGUUUAUUUAAAGCACUUCUACCGUUAGUUCCUUGUGAGGUUGAUGACAGUAGGAACUAUGCUUUCCAGUUUCUUGAUCAUGCAAUACUCCCAUGGAUCAACGAGUCGCUCUCAGCUGCAGAUAAGCGAAUACUUUGUCAAAACUUAGUUGACUGUUUGUUCUCGGUAAUGAAGCUUUGUUCCCACGAUGAACAGAAAUUAUUAUUAAAUACUCUUUGCUGUCAGAAGGAAAGUGUUUUACCAUUGUAUUUAACUGUUAAGAAGGUUAUUAGUGGAAAUUAUGUGCAACUUCAAAGCUGGACAAGAAAUCAUGAAUUUGGUGAAAAAUUAAUAUCGAUUGCUGCGAGCUUAUGCAGGGAAAAUGUGGUCGCAGAGAAUAGAGAUGAAGUGAAUGAUAGCUGGGGAUUAUUAUCACUUGGUCUCUCAACCAAUAAGAAUCAAGAGCUGGUACUCGGUGAUCUUUACAUUGGUAGGAUCCUCACUGUAAUGUCGAAACCCUUACAAGAUGCUAUCAAUGCUCCUUCUGCUGUCCUAUGUGAGCCCUUACAGGAUACUGUCAACAACCCCUCUGCUGCCCAAUAUAAUUCAGUACAGAAUUCUGUUAGCGAUACCAUUGCUGUCCCACCAUCUCUCAGCUUCAUUUGUGAUGUUGUCUUGCAUUUCUUCAAGUCAUCAAAGAAAAGUUUGCUAGUACCAGCAUCAGAGGUUUUACUACUAGCACUGUUCCAAAUUAGUUGUCAAAAAGCUAGUGAAAUAUCUGUUGAUUUGCUGGAGAAGUUACAGGAAACAUGGUUGUAUGGAAUCUCACUGCUGGUUGAAAAUGGACAAGAGUUUCCACAUACAGAUACAUUCCUCCAUAAGCUUGCAGAGUGGAUUAAAAUGAUGUUGAUGCAACCUGCAAUAUUACUGGAUCGGUCCAUUACAAUUGCAAAUGCAGCAAGUCUCAUCCACCAAGUUAUAAAUGAAAACCUGAAGCAAGGACCAGAAGACGAGGAACAACAGAUCACUGGAGGAGACUUCCUCCGACUUAUACUUCCAACUAGGGAUGAGUGGAUUGAUUGUAGGAGAGGUCUCCCACUUCAAUGGAAGGAUGUUUUGACAAUGCAAGGAUCCCUGAUGAUUAGAAGUGACACAAUAAAAUUGCCAGAGACAUUCCAGGAUAUUGUCCCAAACCAGAUAAUACUGUCAGUGUUCCUGGCAACGCUUUUAACCAUUCAGCCUCAGCCUGAGGAGGAGGAAGAAAAUCCUGAUGCAGAAGGGAAUGAAGAUCCAGAUGCAGAAGGGAAUGAAGCGACAGCUACUGGUGAGCAGUCCCCUAAAAGUAGUCUACCAUGGCAGUAUGAAAAGACGGAAGAUUUUUUACUAGAGGUGAUAUACGCAAUGCAGUGGGGUAUGGCUGUUAGCAAUGGUGAAGAACUGGAUGAUGAGCAGGUCGAUUUGCCAGGAUAUUUGAAACAAUCCAGCCUUAUCCUCAUUGUUGCUACUAACACUGUAUGGCCUGUGCUAACCUGUGACCAGUGGAACAGCUUGAUGGAAAAAGCCUUUGAGAGAUCUAUGGAAUGUGGGGAAUUGUGGCCAAUGACAUUAAAAUUCCUGAUUGAAAAGUUCAAAGAAUACCUGGAAGGGCAAGAGUUAAAAGUCACACAAGCUUUGAAGACAGACAGGUUUGAUGUUUUGACAGAGGAACUGAUAGAAACUUUACAAGUGCUAAUCCCACAUCUUGAUCAAGAUGAUGUUUCAAUCAUUCUUGAGAUUCAGACAGCAAAGCUACUAACAAGUCCGAAGGAAACCAUGACCGAAAUGCAUGGUUGCCUAGGAGCUCUUAGUGUGAUCCGUACAUGCCUAUCUUAUUUGGAGAAUAUUAUGAUGUCAUCUCAUCUAAUGACCUCAAUACUAGAUGAGAUAUCUCAAUGGAAAGAUUCAAUAGAGGAUAUUUUUCUCUUUAGCAGGAAAGUUGAGGAUGUUAGCAGUAAAGUGCUAUUUACAAAUGUUGAAGUGCUGAGGUUUAUCAGUCUGUUUGUCAAGAGUCUUCCAAGUUCCGUACCAGAACAUGCCUGGGAUUUUAUACUCUGCAGCUUGGUGGAAUGGAUUCAGAGUGUUAGUGAGAGCUUAGCAGGUAGAAGUUACAGUCUGAAGCUGAAGGUCCAAGUGUAUAGUGCAGAGGUCAGCAAUUUGCUUCACAUCAUUUCAUCCUUGCUUGGGGAUGAGAAGGCUGCAAAGGAUGCUUUCAUCUCAUCUAACCUCAUAUUGGAGUGGAAAGAGUUCUUUAGCACUGGUACUUUCAGUGUUAUUCUCCCCCUGUAUUUUAAAGUAACAGAUACAUUGGAAAAGAAGGCAAUUAGUGUGUCAGACCACAUAAUGCUUCAGUCAUUAUGCAGAGCAACCUGCUCAGUCCCCACUGAACUACUAAAGCAAGUACAAUUGAAGCCUAAGCUUAGGCCUGGCUGUAACAUCCCAGAUGAUUUACAGACAAUUAUUAAUCACCUGAUGGGAACCCUCCGAUCAGCUGUCAGGCCAGUGCAGCUAGCUGCCUAUCAGCUACUAGCAAAAUUGAUGCCUCUUAUUCCAGAAUAUGACAAAGGAAUGCUGGCUGUUGCCCAGGCAGAUGAAGCUGGAGAAACUAACUUACCUCUUCCUGAUAUGUUAAAAGAAACAAUACACUCUACUACCACUUACUUGGAGACCAUACUGGAGGAUGUUCCAGUUGGAGAAUGUAUGACUGUAGAGUCUGGGACUGAAGUCUAUCAAAAUACCAUGACUUACCUUCUGGCAUGGAGGCUAGCAUUAAUAUUUUUCAAAGCAGCACCAGUAGAGUUGAGGGCGCAAUAUGCAAAUUUCUUCCGACAAAGCGGACUUGUUGAUAGUCUGCUUAUCAAUCUGUUCAGGUUAAUGCCUAUUGUACCAACCACGUCGGGUAAAGAGGCUAAGAGUCCAUAUAAAGGAGUACAGCCAAGUAUGUUCACAGAGGAACCUGCACUAGAAAUCAAAGGUUGUAGGAGUAAUCCAUUGGAACCACAACACCUGGCGUGCACUGUGUAUUACAACACAUUGGAAGACCUACCUGCAAUGGUUAGGCAGUGGUGGAAUAGUCAGAACAAACGGAUAAUGGAAUAUAUAGACAGAUUUACUACCAAAUUUGCGAGCCCUGUUCUUUGUGCUAAAGAAAUCCAAGGUGUUCAAAACACAACAACAAAGAUGAAUAACAUGAGUAUCAAAGCUAGGCCCAAGACACGAGAGGUUAUUGCCACAUACAGGAUGGAUGACAUGUCCAUGGACUUGGUCAUCAAACUAGCUAUCAACCACCCCCUGGGCGUGAUUGUCGUGGAUAGCGGCAAACGAGUCGGGGUGUCGACAGCCCAGUGGAGGAACUGGAUGCUACAGAUGACAACAUUUCUUGUACAUCAGAAUGGUACGAUUGUCGAUGGUUUGAAGGUUUGGAAGAGCAAUAUUGAUAAGCGUUUUGAAGGGACCGACGACUGUAUGAUCUGUUACUCGGUUAUACACGGAUCAAAUUACUCACUGCCUCAGCUAACAUGCAAGACUUGUAAAAAGAAAUUUCAUUCAGCGUGUCUAUACAAGUGGUUUAACACUAGCAACCAGUCAUCGUGUCCUCUCUGCAGAAACCUGUUUUAACUCGCACCUUAUAUUUUAUGGAGUUUUUUUUUACAGCAAUAGUAGUGAAUUCCUAAUAAAUAUAUACAUGAAUUAAUGCAAGAGUGAGCAAGUAAGUUGGCGAAUGAGCGAGUGAGUGAAUAAAUAUAUAAUGAACAGUAAAUAUCCCAUAAUAAUGCUCAUGGCGCAGUAGAAGAACAGCCUAUUUCUGGGCAUUAAAAAAAAGUUUUUAUUGAAGAUUUGAAUGUAAUUUCAGUGGUAUAAUAUAUUAUUAUUCUGGUAGUACGUUCACUGCCUUGCCAAAGAUCAGAUAUUAUUUUCUUCAGGGUUGCUCAGCUAAAAGCCUUUACCGUAUUUUCAUAGAUCUAGUCUAUUUUUACUAUUUAUUUCUCCUCUGUUUUCUAUCUUGAAUUAACAGAUUAUAUGAAGUAUUCCAAGUUCUAUUUGGUGUCAUGAAUUUUCCACUGAACAGAACCUAGUUUUGGGAUUUGACACAACACAAAUACUAACAAUUGAUUUACUAUAGGAAAUAAUGUUUAAUGUACUUCGAUAUUGUUAUUCUGUACAAUAGUGAUAAUGCCAUUAAAAAUAUUUUACUGGGAUAUUAAUGCAUUCUAUUUAAUCAGGAAUCCAGUCAUUAUUUUACUUUUUUUCUGAAUUGUACGGAAGCUUAAAGUGACCUUCCGCGUUUCGAGUUUCCAAGAUAAUUAUCAUGGAAAC